GCGGCGGCAGUGAAAAUUGCCUGCAAUUAUAAUCUUUGGUUAGCUAUAGAACAGAGCGCAAAUGGAGGUAAGAGUUUUGUUAUUAGUAACACAUGAACUGGAUAAUCGAUCAGUUAAUUACGGUUUAAUGGUACCAGCUAAUCAAUUGGCAUGCAUAGUACAAUAAUAUUUUGUAUCGAGUCAUGUAAGCAGUUUUCACAUAUUCCUAGUUCCAUAUGGUUGACGUAAAACUGUAAAUGGGCAGCAACAGUGAGAGGCCUGGCUUUAUUUAGGAUUGCAAGGACAGACUCAAGUAUUUCGCUUGUGACAAUAAAACUUUGUCUAUCUUCCUUCUCAAAUAUUAUAUAACCCAUGCAAGUUGAGAUUGAAAAUUGAUUAAAAAACAUUUUAAUAGAAUGGUGGAACUAAAUAUGUUUUCAUAGUUGCGUUGAAAGUUAGUCAGUUAUAUACUUUUCUAGGUCACCUAGACAUACUGUCUACAUGCAUAAUCUAAACCUAUUAUUAAAGUGAGGAACACUUCUACCCAUUUUUUUUGGUUUGGUCCAACCUAAUCUCAUUGACAAGUGGACCCAUGGUGGUAACUAUAGGCAACUUGGUCUUGUCUGCCUGCGUCCAGCUGCCGCUUGGCUAUGUUGCAACAGCUGCCCGCAGGAAGAAGUAGAGUUUGGACAUGAACUCGAACUUCACCAUCUACUUCCCCUUCUGAUGAUCCCUCCUUCUUCCUUCUCCCUUGUUUUCUCUCUGUCCAUGCCGGCCAGCCAUGGUCGACCCUAAGCUCCUGCUCGUCCGCCCCCCUACUGCACCGCCCCGCAUCCUUCCGGUGCUCACCCCUCGCAUGCCUGGCCGCUGCCUCUCCCCAUGCCGAGCCUAAGCUGAGCUGCGCGCCCCCUGCACGUGCCAUGUGCCCCGCACCCGUCGCCUCUCGGCCCCAAGCCACGCCUCACCAGCGACGUCUCGGCGCAAGCCUCGCCCCUGCGCCGCCGCAACACCGCCGCCGCCGCCUGCAGCCCCGCGUGCGCCGCCGCCACCGGCACAGCCGCUCGUGCCCUGCGUGCUCCCGGCCGGCCUGACGAUGGAGAGCCUGGCCAUCAGGUCAACCGGAUCGGGAGGUUGAAGAUGAGAUGUUCGUUUUGCAGUUCGGCCCUCGAAGAAGUCCGAUUUCUCACGAUCUAGUCGGUGGGAGCUAAAGAGAGAUGUAAAGAGAUGUAAAGAGAGAAAUAUAAUUUUUUUAGUCCACUAACAUAGAGUUAUUAUUAUGAAUAAUUUUUAGCCCACCAACUUGGGAUGUCUAACUUUUUUUACCCUUAGCAAUACUAUGCCUAGUAGUAUCUAUAAACAUAGAAAAAUUAAAAUGACAUGCAAUUUGAAAAACGGAGUGAGUAUAUCAUUCAAGAAAACUCUAACCAACAACUUUGAGAUGAUCUUAUACAAAACAUUGCAUAAGCUUAUUUUAUUGGGCAGUCUUUCACACGCUUGGGAUUGUUUGACUUGUCACCUCCACCGCGGAAGGACCCCCUGUUUUCGGAGUAGUUUCCGGGAAACGGUUGCAAGUGCUAAAACGAAGUCCUCCACGACGCCUUCCCCACCAAAAAACGAAGUCCAAUCCUUCCAUUUCCACGAGCGAACUCUCCCAGCCUCCCAACUACCCCCGUGCGGCCGGUCGCGCCAUGGGCGGCGCCACGGCCACGCCGGCGGCGGCGCAGGAUUCCAGUUCCAGGGGCAAGGCGAUGAUGGCGGAGCUGGACGCGCCGCUGCACGCGCUCGGGUUCGAGAUGGAGGAGCUCUCCCCGUCGCGGGUCGCCGGGCGCCUCCUCGUGACGCCGACCUGCUGCCAGCCGUUCAGGGCGCUGCACGGCGGCGUGUCGGCGCUGGUGGCGGAGGCGCUGGCGAGCAUGGGGGCGCACAUGGCGUCCGGGUACCGCCGCGUCGUCGGGAUGCAGCUCAGCAUCAACCACUUCCGCGCCGCCGCCCUCGGCGACACCGUCCUCGCGCGGGCCCUCCCCGUCCACGUCGGCCGCUCCACCCAGGUUUGGGAGGUGAAGCUGUGGAAGAUGGAUCCAUCCACGGGGGAGAAGGGCCCUCAGAUCGCGGAAUCCAGAGUCACGCUGCUGAGCAACCUGCCCCUGCCGGAGGAGCACAAGAACGCAGGGGAUGCCCUCAAGAAAUAUGCAUCAAAACUGUAGAAAAAGAGACUGAUCUUCAGGGAUCCGGAUAUCCUGUUGUAAAAAGCAUUGGUUAUAAUAAUUAUUUUCUUUUCUUAAUUACAAAGAGCUGCUGCUACUUUCUUGCUCUCUCUUUGCUGUGUACCAACAUGUGCCGGCUGCUUAAAAAAAAAAAGUAUAUGAACAUGUGUUGUGCUC